AGCAACCAGUCAUGGCUUCUUUGAGCAUUCAAGCAGCCGCGCAGGCCCUGGGGUCGCUGUCUCUCUCCUCCCAUCAACUAUCGGCCUCGUCCAGCAGAGUGUCGCUUGGAGACUCACUUAGGGUGUCGAGCUUCCGCGGCUGCCGGCUCGCUGCUGCUACCCGGCCAUCCGCUGUCGUCGCCGCGGUCAGGUGUCCCGCCGUGGUCGCCGCCGCCGCCGCCACUCCCGCCGUGGCUGCCGCCGCCGGCAAGGGCAAGCCGAAGAAGAAGGUGGACUCGGCCGUGAAGCGCGCCAAGCAGGCGGAGGCGCGGCGGGUGUACAACAAGUCGCGGAAGACGGAGAUGAGCACGCGCAUGAAGAAGGCGUUCCUUGCCUUGGAGGAGCUGCGCAAGAGUGCAUCCCCAUCGGAGGAGCAGCUGCUGGCAGCAGAGAAGCUCAUCUCAGAGGCAUUCUCCAUUAUCGACCGGUCGGUGAAGGUCAACGCCAUCCACGAGAACAAGGGUGCGCGCCGCAAGGCUCGGCUCUCCCGGGCCAAGCGCGCCACACUGGUUUCUCUUGGCUGCCCCCCAAACCAUCUCCUCCUCCCCUCCCCUCUCUCUCGGCCCCAUCUGCAGAGCACGCUAGGCAUGAUAAAGAGCGAGAAGCUGGCCAUCUUCUCCCUCAACACCUGGGUGGUGUGGUGCUCCGCUUCACCGCCUCGUGUCGUGGCCCAACCCCCCAACAUUCUAUAUACACUCCGCCUCUCCACUCCACCCCCAACCCCCGUUCCAGAGCACGCUAGACAUGAUAAAGAGCGAGAAGCUGGGCAUUUUUUCUCUCAACACCUGGGUGGUGCACCACUUCUGCCACCUCGUGGCUCAUGCCCUCAGAACUCCAUACUCUCCGCCUCUCUCCCCCGUUUCCCCCCACUACAGAGCACGCUAGACAUGACAAAGAGCGAGAAGCUGGGGAUCCUCUCCCUCAACACCUGGGUGAUGUGGUGCACCACUUCCGGCAUCACGUGGCACAAAAGAACACCCUUCUCUCCUCUCACCGCCAAUUCCUCCCUCUCUCCUCCUCUCCAGAGCACGCUAGACAUGAUAAAGAGCAAGAAGCUGGGCAUUUUCUCCCUCAACACCUGGGUGGUGCAUCACUUCCGCCACCUUGUGGCACAAGUGAACGCCCUGGAGCCUGAAAUGCAAGCACUGACGGACAAGCAGAUCGUGGGAGGCGCAGUGCUGCACGCAGGGGCGAUAGCAGAGAUGAAGACGGGCGAGGGGAAGACUCUGGUGUCCACACUCGCAGCUUACCUCAACGCCCUCGUGGGGAAGGGCGUGCACGUGGUGACGGUGAAUGAUUACUUGGCAAGGAGAGAUGCGGAAUGGAUGGGGCGCGUGCACGGGUUCUUAGGCCUGUCGGUGGGGGUCAUCCAGCCGGGCCAGACAAAGGAGGAGAGACAGCUGGCGUAUGCAUGCGACAUAACAUAUGGGAGUAACAACGAGAUUGGCUUUGACUACCUGCGAGAUCACUUGGUUCAGGACCCCAGUGAGCGCACGCUGAGAUGGCCAGACGCACUGCACUACUCCAUUGUGGAUGAAAUCGAUUCAGUGCUCAUCGAUGAAGGCAGGAACCCCCUGCUCAUCAGCAACAUGUCCUCUUCCUACGUCAUGCGCUUUCCAGUGGCGGCUAAAGUGGCGGAGAUCCUUCGAAGGGACAUUUUCACAGGGAGAACAGCAGACAUGCGGAGGUGGAGCGAUGGCAUUCACCAGGCAGUUGAGGCGAAAGAGGGCGUGGAGAUUAAGCCCGUGUCUGAAACAGUCGCCCAAGUGACCUACCAAUCGCUCUUCCGGCUCUACAGCAAGGUGUCGGGAAUGACAGGCACCGCUAAGACGGAGGAGGAGGAGUUCAAGAGAAUAUUUGGCAUGCCAGUGGUGGUCAUCCCCACCAACCGCCCCAACAUCAGGAAGGAUCUGGAUGUCGUUGUCUUCCUGCAAGCGCGCAACAAGGUGCACCAUGUCAUCCAGGAGAUCGUCAAAAUGAACCAACUAGGCCGCCCUGUGCUUGUAGGCACAUCCAGUGUGGACGAGUCAGAGCGCCUUUAUGCCAUGCUGCAGGUGGAGCAUCCUCGUCGGUUCGCCCACAUUCAAGUUCUCAACGCUCGGCCCGAAAACGCAGCACGCGAGGCAGAGAUCGUAGCGCAGGCGGGGCGAUUUGGAGGCAUCACCAUCUCCACCAACAUGGCUGGCCGUGGGACUGACAUUGUGCUGGGAGGCAAUCCCGAGCUCUUGAGCAAGGAGGUGGUCAAGUGGGCACUAUUCGAAGCGCCAGCAGCCACAGCAGGGAACUAUUCCGCUUUCAAGAAGGGGCCACAUGAGAGGCAGGGGUUCUGGCCUAUCGAGCUGCAAGAGGAUACACUGAAGGAGCUUUACGCUGCUCAGUUCUCAUUUGAACUGCAAGAGGCUGCAUUGAAGGAGCUCGACACUGCCCAGUUCUCAAGUGUUACACAUCCCAAAAGGCAUGAGCAGAGGCAAGGGUUCUUUCUUAGUCAACUCCGGAAGGAUAUUUCAAAUUCUUCCCCCUUUCGCUUUGAAACACGGCGCAGCGUGGCAGCUGAUUGGUCGGAGGCGCAGCAGCAGGCAGUUCUAGAGCAGGCAGAGACUCUGGCUUUAAGGCCUUCAGCCUCUCCUGGGACUGGCGGCGAGGGCAGGGAGGAGGGUUGGGAAUGGGGUGAAAGCAGAGAGGAUGCAGGUGCAGGGGUGUGGGAAGGGGAUGAUGCCGAGGACACAGGGAUGAGCCCUCUGCCUUGGAAAACCGACGUGUGGGGGGGAGGCGGAGGGGUGCUGGGAGUGCGGGCAGUGCCACGGUCGAUGCAGGAGAUGGUGGUGCGGGUGGUGGGGCGGGCGCUGGGGCGGGUGAGUGCGGAUUGCAAGGCGCACUGCCGGGAGGAGGGCGAGUAUGUGCGCUCGCUUGGAGGCCUGCAUGUCAUCGGCACAGCUCUGAGCGAGUCUAGACGCAUUGACAACCAGGUAGUGCGGGCGGUGCCGCGGUCGAUGCAGGAGAUGGUGGUGCGGGUGGUGGGGCGGGCGCUGGGGCGGGUGAGUGCAGACUGCAGAGCGCACUGCCGGGAGGAGGGCGAGUAUGUGCGCUCGCUGGGGGGUCUGCAUGUCAUUGGGACUGCUCUGAGCGAGUCAAGGCGAAUUGACAAUCAGCGGUCGAUGCAGGAGAUGGUGGUGCGGGUGGUGGGACGGGCGCUGGGGCGGGUGAGCUUGGACUGCAAGGCGCACUGCCGGGAGGAGGGCGAGUAUGUGCGCUCGCUGGGGGGGCUGCAUGUCAUUGUGCCGCGGUCGAUGCAGGAGAUGGUGGUGCGGGUGGUGAGGCGGGCGCUGAGGCGGGUGGUGUGGUGGGGAGAGGGAGCCGUGCUCACACCAGUGCCGUACCCCAUACGCCCCCCUCCUCCAAGUCUCGGCACCUGUUCCCUCUCCCUGCCAAAGCAGCAUGGAGGACGACAUGAUGAGGGAGGUGGGACCAGACUUCUCUCUAGCCAUGCUGGAGCAGCUGCUGCAACCACCUCCCUGCCCCACUCCCGAACCCCCUGUCCAUCUUUCCCCCUCCCCCCACCCUCCCCCGCUUUCUCCCUCCCAACCAGCAUGGAGGACGAUAUGAUGAGGGAAGUGCUGCCAGACUCCUCUCGGGCCAUGCUGGAGCAGCUUCUCUACACUGGGGACUUUGACGAGGGCUUCCCCCACAUGGCCUUGACUCUCGCUUUGGUGCAGACGCAGAAGAUCAUCGAAGCUGCCAUGUUUGAGCGGCGGAGGCAAAUGCUUGACUACGAUCAGGUCUUUGAGGUGAGCUGCUAUAUUCUUUAG